UUUGAAUAUGUCCUAGUAUGGACACGUUCUGAGAGCUGACGUCGCAGAUGUGAGUAUUUUCUUCUCCUUGUUUCCACGCCACGGCGUCCACCGUCGCCCCAGUCAGCAUCAGCAUCAUCAGCAGCAUCCUAUCUGUACACUCUCCUCCUUCCUCCUCCUCCUCCUUCCUUUCCUUCCACCCCCUCCUCCUCCCCCGGGGCCACCGGUGAAGGAGGCUUGUGCACCGGGGUUUGGCUGGCAGUCUCGCCGCUGUAUGACCGUGGAUUAACUGCAUGCUCACGUCGACCAGGAAGAGGAGCCAGCGCUUGAGCGGGCUCACUUGCAGCCAUGGCUGAAGGUGGAGAAGGAGAGGAUGAGAUUCAGUUCCUCAGAACUGAUGAUGAAGUGGUGCUCCAGUGCGUGGCUUGCAUCCAGAAGGAGAAUCGAAAGUUUUGCUUGGCAGCUGAGGGGCUGGGCAACCGGCUGUGUUACCUGGAACCAACGUCCGAGGCAAAGUACGUCCCUCCAGACCUAUGCAUCUGUACCUUCGUGCUGGAACAGUCCCUCUCAGUCCGGGCCCUCCAAGAGAUGCUGGCUAAAAGUGGACAGAACAAUGAAGCGAGGCUGAUAAGAAAGGCAGCGCAGAGUGGUGGCCACAAGACUCUACUGUACGGACAUGCCAUCCUCCUACGGCACUCGUUCAGUUCCAUGUACCUGGCUUGUUUGAAGACAUCAAGGUCACAAACCGAUAAGUUAUCAUUUGAUGUCGGCCUACAGGAAGAUUCAACAGGUGAGGCUUGUUGGUGGACAAUCCACCCGGCCUCCAAGCAGAGAUCAGAAGGAGAGAAGGUGCGCAUAGGUGAUGACCUCAUCCUUGUCAGCGUGUCCUCUGAGCGCUAUCUUCAUUUAUCAAUCUCGAAUGGCAACAUCCAGGUGGACGCAUCCUUCAUGCAGACGUUGUGGAACGUCCAUCCCAUCUGUUCUGGCAGCAACAUAGAGGAAGGCUAUCUGUUGGGUGGUCAUGUGAUGCGGCUGUUUCAUGGGCAUGAUGAGGUGGUGACCAUCCCGGGGUCAGACCAGAGUGAAGAGCAGCAAAGGAUAGUCAACUAUGAAAUAGGUAAAGCUGGUGCUAAGGCCAGAUCCUUAUGGAGGUUGGAGCCACUCCGGAUCAGCUGGAGUGGGAGCCACAUCCGCUGGGGUCAGCCGUUCCGGUUGCGACACCUGACUACUGGUCACUACCUAGCCUUGACCGAGGACAGGGGCUUGGUGCUGCAGGACCGAGAGAGGUCCGACACAAUCUCAACUGCCUUCUGCUUCAGAGCAUCUAAGGAGAAGCUUGAGCAGAGUCCAAAACGGGACAUUGAGGGGAUGGGUGUAGCAGAGAUUAAAUAUGGAGACUCGCUCAGCUUCAUUAUGCACGUGGCUACGGGGCUGUGGCUCUCCUACCAGGCACCUGACGUCAAAUCUGCACGUUUGGGUCCUCUCAAGAGACGAGCAUGUCUACAUUCCGAAGGUCACAUGGAUGACGGCUUGACACUGCAGCGCUGUCAACAUGAGGAAUCUCGAGCCGCCCGGAUCAUCCGCAACACCACUCUCCUCUUUAACAGAUUCAUCAGGGAUCUGGAUUGUCUGGGUUUGAAGAACAAGACACUUGUGGCACUUCCAAUUGAAGAGGUGCUCCAAACCCUCAACGACCUCAUCACCUACUUCCUGCUCCCUGAUGCUGAGCUGGAGCAUGAAGAGAGGCAGAUCAAGCUACGGUCCCUCAAAAACAGGCAGAAUCUUUUCAAACAGGAAGGCAUGCUGACACUGGUGUCCAACUGCAUAGACCGUCUGAACGUUUACAACAGCGUUGCCCACUUUGGGGAAUGUGCUGGGCCAGAGGCCGGAGCAGCCUGGAAAGACAUCCUCAACCUGCUCUACGAGUUGUUGGCAGCGUUAAUCAGAGGAAACAGGAUCAACUGCACUCAGUUUUCCAACAACUUGGAUUGGCUUGUCAGCAAGCUAGAGAGACUCGAGUCUUCUUCGGGCAUUCUUGAAGUUCUUCACUGUAUACUAAUUGAGAGUCCGGAGGCUCUCAACAUGAUCCAGAGAGGCCACAUCAAGUCCGUCAUAUCGCUGUUAUACAAACACGGACGUAACCACAAGAUUCUCGAUGUGCUUUGCUCGUUGUGUGUGUGUAAUGGUGUGGCUGUGCGAACCAAUCAAAACCUCAUUUGUGAUCACUUGCUGCCCAAGAGAGACCUGCUGCUACAAACUCAGCUGGUCAAUGACGUCCAAAGCAUGAGACCGAACAUCUUCCUCGGGGUGAGCGAGGGCUCAGCUCAAUACAAGAAGUGGUACUACGAGCUGAUGAUUGACCAGGUGGACCACUUUGUGACCAGUGAACCCUCUCACCUUCGAGUGGGCUGGGCCAACACCAAGGGCUACGCACCUUACCCAGGAGGGGGUGAAGGUUGGGGGGGCAAUGGUGUGGGAGAUGACCUCUAUUCUUAUGGUUUUGACGGACUGCACCUCUGGUCAGGACGCAUCCCCCGGGCAGUUGCAUCUCUCCAUCAGCAUAUCCUGACGUCAGAGGAUGUGGUGAGCUGUUGCCUCGACCUCGGCGCUCCAAGCAUCUCUUUCCGCAUCAACGGACAGCCAGUUCAGGGCAUGUUUGAAAACUUCAAUACAGACGGACUCUUCUUUCCCGUCGUCAGCUUCUCUGCAGGUGUAAAGGUAAGGUUCCUAUUGGGUGGUCGUCAUGGUGACUUUAAAUUCCUGCCGCCAUCGAGUUACGCCCCCUGUUACGAGGCUCUGCUGCCCAAAGAGAGGCUGAGAGUGGAGCCGGUGAAGGAGUACAAGAGGGAUGUGGACGGGGUCCGAGAUUUACUCGGCACCACCCUCAUCUUGUCACAGGCCUCUUUCAUUCCCACACCAGUGGAAACCAGCCAGAUUGUUAUGCCGCCUCACUUGGAAAAAGUUCGGGACAAGCUGGCAGAGAAUAUCCAUGAAUUGUGGGGCAUGAAUAAAAUUGAAUUGGGCUGGUCCUACGGCAAGAGGAUUAGGGAUGAUAAUAAGCGGCAGCAUCCAUGUCUGGUGGAUUUCUCCAAGCUGCCCGAAACUGAAAAGAACUACAACCUGCAGACGUCGACAGAAACUCUCAAAACCCUGCUGGCACUGGGCUGUCGAGUAGUUCAGGUCAAUUCAAAUGCUGAUGAAUCACUUAAGAAGAUUAAACUCCCAAAGAACUUCAUGAUGUCCAGUGGUUACAAGCCGUCCCCUCUGGACUUGUCUGAUAUGAAACUGACUCCUGGUCAGGAGUUGCUGGUGGACAAACUGGCGGAGAAUGCACACAAUGUGUGGGCCAAAGACCGCAUCAAGCAAGGUUGGACGUACGGUAUUCAGCAGGAUCUGAAAAGUAAACGUAACCCUCGCCUGGUCCCUUACGCCCUGCUGGAUGAGCGCACCAAGAAGUCAAACCGUGAUAGCUUACGCGAGGCUAUUCGGACUCUGAUUGGUUAUGGGUACAAUGUGGAGCCAUCCGAUCAAGAAGGCGGACAAACAGUUGAGCGUCUCAGCAUCGACAAAAUCCGAUUCUUCCGAGUAGAACGGACAUACGCGGUGAAGACCGGGAAAUGGUACUUUGAAUUUGAGGCCGUCACAGGAGGUGACAUGAGAGUUGGCUGGGCAAGACCAGGGUGUAAACCUGACGUGGAGCUCGGCACGGAUCAACUGGCUUUUGUCUUUGACGGAUUCAGGGGCCACUGUCUAAAUAUGGGUGGCCGUUUGUUUGGACGCUGCUGGCACAGUGGCGAUGUGGUUGGGUGUAUGAUCAACAUGGAAGACAAAUCCAUGAUCUUUACCCUCAAUGGAGAGAUACUUAUCACCACCAAAGGCUCUGAACUUUGCUUCACCGACUUUGAAACAGAGGAUGGAUUCAUCCCAGUGUGCAGCCUGGGUUUAGCUCAGGUAGGCCGUAUGAAUCUCGGGAAAGAUGCCAGCACCUUUAAGUAUUACACCAUGUGCGGCCUUCAAGAGGGAUUUGAGCCCUUCGCUGUUAACAUGAACAGAGAGCUCACCAUGUGGUUCAGCAAACGUCUGCCAACAUUUGUCGAUGUGCCAAAGGAGCACAAUCACAUCGCGGUGACGAGAAUUGACGGCACGGUCGACAGCCCGCCGUGUCUCAAGGUUACUCACAAAACAUUUGGCACCCAGAACAGCAACACGGACAUGGUGUUUUGUCGUCUGAGUAUGCCUGUGGAGUUUCACUCCUUCUUCAAGAUCAGUCUGGUUAUCGAUGUGAACGGAGUGCACGAAGAUGACACCCUCAAAGUCAAACACAGAUACCCACUGCGAUCUGUGCGACACAGUGACGAAAGUAGACGAGUGGACUACAGCAGCAUCACAACGUACUACCACUCGGUGAGGGUCUUUGCCGGUCAGGACCCUUCUUGUGUUUGGGUUGGAUGGGUUACCCCUGACUACCAUUAUUACAGCAACAACUUUGCCCUCAGCAAGACCCGAACUGUGACCGUGACCUUGGGUGAUGAGCGAGGGCGAGUCCAUGAGAGUGUCAAGAGGAGUAACUGCUACAUGGUGUGGGGUGGCGAUGUGACCAAUGCUACUCAUCCCUCAAGUCGGAGUAAUGUUGACCUGGAAAUUGGCUGUCUCAGUGACCUCGCCACUGGCCUGGUGACUUUCACGGUCAACGGCAAGGAGAUAUCCACAUCCUAUCAGGUGGAACCAAAUACCAAGCUUUUCCCUGCUGUCUUUGUGCAACCAACCAGUCCUAACCUCUUUCAGUUUGAACUGGCCAAAAUUAAGAACGCCAUGCCGCUGUCGUCAGCCAUUUUUAAGAGCGAACAUAAGAACCCGGUGCCUCAGUGUCCCCCUCGCCUUGACGUCCAGACUAUCAAUGCGGUUCUGUGGAGCCGCAUGCCAAAUACCUUCUUGAAAGUAGAAACAGCAAGGGUCAGCGAGAGACACGGUUGGUCGGUUCAGUGUGUUGAGCCUCUGCAGAUGAUGGCAGUUCACAUUCCUGAGGAGAACAGGUGUGUGGACAUCAUGGAACUGUCCGAGCAGGAGGACACGCGGGAGUUCCACUACCACACCUUAAAGCUCUACUGUGCCCUCUGCGCAUUGGGGAACACCCGUGUGGCCCACGCCCUCUGCAGUCACCUGGACCAAUCCCAGCUCUUAUACACCAUAGACAACCAAUACCUAUCCGGCAUGUUACGAGAAGGUUUUUACAAUCUUCUCAUCAGUAUCCAUCUGGAGACAGCCAAAGGCGCUCGACUCACGAUGAAAGAUGAAUUCAUCAUCCCGGUCACAACAGAGACACGUUCCAUCCGUCUCUUCUCCAAUGCUUCCAAAAAACACUCGCCGCCAGGGGUGGGGCUGAGUACGUCGCUCAAACCCCGCCUCAACUUUGCUCCUCCUUGCUUCAUCAACACCAAACGGGAGCAUCAUCUGUACAGUCCCCAGAUCCCUCUGGAUGCAUUAAAAGAAAAAUCCAUUUCAAUGUUGACUGAGGCGGUCCAAGGUGGUGGCCAUUAUAUCCGUGAUCCUGUGGGAGGAGGUGUAGAGUAUCAAUUUGUGCCAAUCUUGAAGCUCAUCAGCACUUUGCUGACCAUGGGGGUCCUCUGCAGCGAGGAUGUUCACAAAAUCUUACUCCUCAUUGACCCGAAUGUAUUUAAGGAUGCACAAGAUGAAGGACCUACUAGUACGACUGACAAAGAAGGACUAACGGGGAAUGAGGAGAAAGCCGUGGAAGCAGGAGAGGAAGAGGCAGCCAAAGAAGCCAAACAGCCAAUGAAAGGACUUUUGGAGACAAGGCUGCCUGAACCUGUGAAACGUCAGAUGUGUGAGCUACUCCACUACUUCUGCGACUGUGAGCUCAAACACCGUAUCGAAGCCAUUGUGUCCUUCUCGGACAAAUUUGUCUCCAAGCUACAGUAUAACCAAAAAUUCAGAUACAACGAGCUGAUGCUCGCCCUUAAUAUGUCCGCCGCCGUUACGGCAAAGAAGACUAAGGAGUUCCGCUCGCCUCCUCAAGAACAGAUCAACAUGCUGCUGACCUUCAGCACUGGCGAUGACUGUCCGUGUCCAUCAGAUAUCCAGGGGGAGCUUUAUGAUUUUCACAACCAGCUGCAGCUACACUGUGGAAUCCCGAUGGAGGAAGACGAGGAUGAGCAGGACACAUCCAUUAAAGGCCGGCUUCUAACUCUGGUGAAUAAAAUCAAAGGACAAGCUCAUAAGACAGAGCAACCGUUGCAGAAGGAACAAGUUGCACCGUCCAACCUGAAGGAAUUGAUCUCGCAGACCAUGGUCAGCUGGGCCCAGGAGUGUCACAUCCAAGACCCGGAACUGGUACGGAAGAUGUUCAGCCUGCUGAGGAGGCAAUACGACAGCAUCGGCGAGUUGCUCAGGGCCAUGAGAAAGACUUACACCAUUAGCGCCGCCUCGGUCCAUGAUACCAUUAGGCUCUUGGCUUCUCUGGGUCAGAUCAGAUCUCUGCUUUCUGUUCGGAUGGGGAAAGAGGAGGAAAAGCUUAUGAUCGAUGGACUUGGUGACAUCAUGAAUAAUAAGGUGUUCUAUCAGCAUCCCAAUCUAAUGAGAAUUCUAGGCAUGCAUGAGACUGUCAUGGAGGUCAUGGUCAAUGUGCUCGGAGGGGACAAAUCACAGGAAAUAGCCUUCCCCAAGAUGGUGGCUAGCUGUUGUCGCUUCCUGUGUUAUUUUUGCCGCAUCAGCCGUCAGAACCAGAAAGCAAUGUUUGACCACCUGAGUUACCUCCUGGAAAAUAGCAGCGUGGGCCUUGCUUCACCAGCUAUGAGGGGCUCCACUCCUCUCGAUGUGGCUGCUUCCUCCGUUAUGGACAACAACGGUCUGGCUCUUGCACUGGAGGAACCUGAUCUGGACAAGGUUGUGACGUACUUGGCUGGCUGCGGUCUCCAGAGUUGUCCAAUGCUUCUGGCUAAAGGUUAUCCAGAUAUUGGCUGGAAUCCAAUCGAAGGAGAACGUUACCUCUCCUUCUUGCGCUUUGCCGUCUUUGUUAAUGGUGAAAGUGUGGAGGAGAAUUCCAGUGUGGUGGUCAAACUGCUCAUCCGUCGCCCGGAGUGUUUCGGACCUGCACUGAGAGGGGAGGGAGGCAACGGACUGCUGGCGGCCAUGAAAGAAGCCAUCAAGAUUUCCGAGACGCCAGCUUUGGAUCUACCUGGUUCCGUGCAGGGAGUCAGCUGUGAUGUAUCUGCUGAUGGCGAUGAUGAGGAGGAAGUGGUUCACAUGGGCAAUGCCAUCAUGUCCUUCUACUCAGCACUCAUUGACCUGUUGGGACGUUGUGCCCCAGAAAUGCAUCUCAUCAACAAAGGGAAAGGCGAAGCUCUGCGUAUUCGUGCCAUUUUGCGCUCCCUGGUGCCCACCGAGGACCUGGUGGGAAUCAUCAGCAUACCUCUCAAAACACCUAUCGUUAAUAAAGAUGGCUCGGUGACAGAACCUGAUAUGUCAGCCUGGUUUUGUCCGGACCACAAGGCCCCCAUGGUGCUGUUCCUGGACCGAGUGUAUGGGAUCGAGGACCAGAGCUUUUUGCUUCACCUUCUUGAAGUUGGCUUCCUUCCUGACUUGAGGGCUGCAAACUCGCUAGAUACAGAGGGUCUGUGCACCACCGAGACAGCUUUGGCCAUGAACCGUUAUAUCGGCUCAGCCAUGCUCCCCCUCCUCACCCGCUGCGCUCCCCUCUUUGCUGGCACCGAACACCAUGCUACGCUCAUCGAUUCCACCCUGCACACCAUCUACCGCCUCUCCAAGGGUCGCUCCCUCACCAAAGCCCAGAGAGAUGCCAUUGAGGAGUGCCUGCUAGCUGUCUGCAAGCACCUUCGCCCUUCAAUGCUGCAGCAGCUUCUGCAUCGUCUCGUCUUUGACGUACCCUUGCUGACUGAAUACUGCAAGAUGCCUCUCAGGCUGCUAACCAAUCAUUAUGAGCAAAACUGGAAGUACUACUGCCUUCCAUCAGGCUGGGGUAGCUACGGCACAGCCUCGGAGGAUGAACUCCAGCUCACCAAGAAGAUCUUCUGGGGAGUGUUUGAUUCAUUAUCCCAGAGGAAAUAUGAUCCAGAGCUGUUCAAGAUGGCAAUGCCCUGCCUCAGUGCCAUCGCUGGAGCUUUGCCGCCUGAUUAUGUGGAUGCCGCCAUUGUUGGGGAAAUAGUUUCAGUAAAUACUCAUGGCAACUUUGAACCCAAACCUAUCACAACUGCAAACAUUGCCCUCCCAGAGAAGCUUGAACACUUUGUCAACAAGUAUGCUGAACAUUCUCACGAGAAAUGGUCAGCGGAGAAGGUGCUACUUGGUUGGAAAUAUGGAGAUUGUGUGGAUGAGAAGGCGAGAAUUCACCCACAGCUGAGGACAUACAAAGCUCUGACAGAGAAGGAGAAAGACAUUUACAGAUGGCCAAUCAGGGAGUCAUUGAAAACUAUGCUGGCAAUGGGCUGGAGCAUUGACCGGGCCAGAGACGGAGAGAGCAUGUCUCAUCAGAGGGAAAAUGAAAAAGUACGAAAGAUAUCUCAGGUCUCACAGGCAAACGGUUUUAAUCCCAGUCCAAUAGACACAAGCAAUGUGAUCCUAUCCAGAGAGUUGCAAGGGAUGGUGGAGGUGGUGGCUGAAAAUUACCAUAACAUCCGGGCCAAAAGAAAAAAAAGUGACCUUGGAAGUAGAGGCGGAGCUACGCACCCUUUGCUGGUGCCGUAUGAGACGCUGACAGCCAAGGAGAAGGCUCGUGAUCGAGAAAAGGCUCAGGAUCUCUUCCGGUUCCUACAGAUCAGUGGUUACCAUAUCACAAGAGGUCUGAGGGAUUUGGAUCAGGACUCUUCCUCCAUGGAGAAAAGGUUUGCUUACAGGUUCCUCAGGAAGCUACUCAAGUAUGUUGACUCCGCCCAGGAAUUCAUCUCUCACCUCGAGGCCAUGGCUGCCAGCGGCAAAACAGACAGGUCACCUCAUGAGCAAGAAAUCAAGUUUUUUGCCAAAGUUCUCCUCCCGCUCAUUGAUCAAUACUUCAAGAAUCACUCCCUCUACUUCCUAUCAUCACCCAACCAGAACCUGAGCAGCAGCGGCUAUGCCUCCAACAAGGAGAAAGAAAUGGUCACCAGCUUAUUUUGUAAACUGGCAGCUCUUGUCAGACAUAGGAUCUCUCUCUUUGGAAGUGACUCGACCACCAUGGUGAGCUGCUUGCACAUCCUGGCACACACGCUGGAUACCAGGACGGUGAUGAAGUCGGGUUCCGAAUUGGUGAGGGUCGGGCUCAGGACGUUCUUUGAGAAUGCCGCCGAGGACCUAGAGAGGACGUUCGAGAACCUGAAACUGGGGAAGUUCACUCAUUCGCGCUCCCAGAUGAAAGGCGUAUCGCAGAACAUCAACUACACCACGGUGGCUCUUCUCCCAAUUCUGACCGCUUUGUUCGAGCACAUCACGCAACAUCACUUUGGCAUAGACCUGCUUUUGGAUGAUGUCCAAGUGUCCUGCUAUCGGAUCCUGACCAGCCUCUACGCUCUGGGCACCGGUAAAAACAUCUAUGUGGAAAGACAGCUGCCAGCGCUCGGCCAUUGUCUGGCCACCUUGGCGGGGGCCAUGCCGGUGGCUUUCCUGGAGCCGAUGCUCAACAUAUACAACCCCUUCUCAGUCUUUGCCACCAAGAGUGGCCGUGAACGAGCCAUCCUCGGCAUUCCGGACUCAGUUGAACAAAUGUGUCCCGGGAUGCCCCGGCUGGACGGGCUCAUAAAGGACAUCAACGACAUGGCUGAAUCUGGAGUGCGGUACACUGAGAUGCCCCAUGUGAUUGAGGUGGUCUUGCCCAUGCUUUGUAACUACCUCUCCUACUGGUGGGAGAGGGGGCCUGAGAACCAACCAGCUGGUGGUAGCAGUACGUGUUCCACCGUCACCUCAGAGCACCUCAGCCUCAUUCUGGGCAACAUCCUGAAAAUCCUCAACAACAAUCUGGGCAUUGAUGAGGCCUCGUGGAUGAAAAGGAUUGCAGUGUAUGUGCAGCCCAUCAUCAGCAAAGCUCGCACUACCCUACUAAAGAGUCACUUCCUGCCCACAUUGGAGAAGCUGAAGAAGAAGACGGUGAAGGUUGUGGCCGAGGAGGAGCUGUUGAAGGCAGACAGCAAGGGAGACACACAGGAGGCCGAAUUGCUCAUCCUGGAUGAGUUUGCCGUGCUCUGCCGGGACCUUUAUGCCUUUUACCCAAUGCUCAUACGCUAUGUGGACAACAACAGGUCCAGAUGGCUGAAAGAACCGGAUGCUGACUCAAAUGAGCUUUUCAAGAUGGUUGCUGAGAUUUUUAUCCUCUGGUGCAAGUCACAUAAUUUCAAGCGAGAAGAGCAGAACUUUGUGGUCCAGAAUGAAAUCAACAACCUCUCCUUCUUGACUGGAGACAAUAAAACCAAGAUGUCAAAGUCCUUUAAGGAAAAGUCUGGCGGACAAGACCAGGAGAGAAAACACAAGAAAAGACGUGGUGAGUUCUACUCCAUCCAGACAUCACUGAUCGUGGCUGCUCUCAAGAAGAUGCUUCCAAUCGGCCUCAACAUGUGCACCCCGGGGGACCAGGAGCUCAUCUCAUUGGCCAAGACGCGCUAUCUUCUGAGGGACACAGACGACGAGGUAAAAGAUCACAUUCGGCAAAAUCUUCACCUCAGAGAAAAGUCAGAAGACCCCGCUGUGAGGUGGCAGUUAAACCUUUACAAAGAUAUAAUGGUUCGAGGCGAGGGGGCCCCAGACCCCGAGAGGGUGGUGGAUCGUAUUCAGAGGAUCUCCGCUGCUGUUUUUAACUUGGAACAGGUGGAGCAACCACUAAGAUCCAAGAAAUGUGUCUGGCAGAAGUUGCUGUCCAAGCAGCGGAAAAGAGCAGUCGUUGCCUGUUUCCGAAUGGCUCCACUUUAUAAUCUGCCGAGGGACAAAAACAAUAAUUACUUCCUGAAUGCCUACCGACAUAUUUGGCUGGAGAAAAUGCAUGAGAACUCAGACUAUGACAGUCUGCUCUCCAUGCUAACGAAAAUACAUCACAAAGUGGAAGAGGAGGAAGAGGAGGAGAUUAGAAAGCAGCCCGAUCCGCUUCACCAGCUCGUUCUGCAUUUCAGCCAUAAUGCUCUCACAGAGUGCAGUUCCUUGGAAGAUGAUCCUUUAUAUAUCGCCUACGCAGAUAUGAUGGCAAAGAGUUGUGCUGAAGGUGAAGAGGAAAAUGACGAGAAAGAGAAAACUUUUGAGGAGAAGGAAAUGGAGAAGCAAAAGAUGUUGUACCAGCAAGCCCGACUGCACGAUCGCGGGGCUGCAGAGAUGGUUCUCCAGAUGAUUGGUGCUAGUAAAGGUCGUCUGGAUGCGAUGGUAACCUUCACCCUGAAAUUGGGCAUCUCCAUUCUGAAUGGCGGAAACAUUCUGGUGCAGCAGAAAAUGUUGGACUAUCUGAAAGAGAAGCGAGAUGUCGGCUUCUUCAAAAGCUUAUCUGGACUAAUGAUGUCUUGCAGUGUGCUGGACCUCAAUGCUUUCGAGAGACAAAACAAAGCAGAAGGUCUCGGGAUGGUUACAGAGGAAGGAUCAAUCAACGUGAGUGAGCGGGGUUCCAAAGUGCUUCAAAAUGAUGAGUUCACUAAGGAUCUUUUUAGGUUUCUGCAGCUUCUGUGUGAGGGUCACAACAACGAUUUCCAGAACUUUCUAAGGACACAGACAGGAAACACAACUACGGUGAACAUCAUUAUUAGUACUGUGGACUAUCUGCUUAGACUUCAGGAAUCCAUCAGUGAUUUCUACUGGUACUACUCCGGAAAAGACAUAAUUGACGAAGCGGGUCAGAGGAACUUCUCCAAAGCGCUUGCGGUUGCUAAGCAGGUCUUCAACUCAUUAACCGAGUACAUACAGGGUCCAUGCAUAGGCAACCAACAGAGUCUGGCUCAUAGCAGACUGUGGGAUGCGGUCGUGGGCUUCCUGCAUGUUUUUGCAAAUAUGCAAAUGAAGUUAUCCCAGGACUCCAGUCAAAUUGAAUUGUUAAAGGAGCUGCUGGACCUGCAGAAGGACAUGAUCGUCAUGAUGCUCUCUCUUCUCGAAGGAAAUGUCGUCAAUGGGACCAUCGGGAAACAAAUGGUGGACACCUUGGUGGAAUCGUCCAGCAAUGUAGAAAUGAUCCUCAAGUUCUUUGACAUGUUCCUCAAGUUAAAGGACCUGACCACCUCAGACAGCUUCAAGAUCUAUGAUGCCGAAAGCAAAGGUUUUAUCUCCAAGAAGGAUUUCCAGAAGUCCAUGGAGAACCAGAAGCAGUAUUCCCAGUCGGAGAUUGAGUUUCUUCUGUCUUGCGCCGAGGCGGAUGAGAAUGACAUGUUCAACUACGUGCAGUUUGUGGAAAGGUUCCAUGAGCCCGCUAAGGACAUUGGCUUCAACGUGGCCGUUCUUCUAACAAACCUCUCGGAGCACAUGCCACACGAUGCUCGCCUCUCCACGUUCCAGGAUCUGGCCGAGAGUGUCCUCAGCUACUUUGAACCCUACUUGGGUCGUAUCGAGAUCAUGGGCGGAGCCAAGCGCAUCGAACGAGUCUACUUCGACAUCAGCGAGUCGAGUCGAACGCAAUGGGAGAAGCCUCAGGUGAAGGAGUCCAAGCGACAAUUCAUCUUUGAUGUCGUCAAUGAAGGCGGAGAAAGCGAGAAGAUGGAAUUGUUUGUGAAUUUCUGCGAGGAUACCAUUUUUGAGAUGCAACUAGCUUCGCAGAUUUCAGAGCCGGACCCGAUGGAGCGCCAGGAAGAAGAAGAUGAAGAUGAUAGCCAGAGCUUGGCGGAGAACCAGGAGGAGGAAGAGGAGGAGAAUAUGAUGUUGGAGUCUUCAUCAGCAUUUACCAUCGCCUGUAUCUCCAUGAGAAAGAAUAUCUGCCACGUUCGCCAGAUGCUGACUUUCAAGAGCAUGAAACGGCAGUACAGAAAAUUCCGAAAGAUGAGCGUGAGGGAGACGGUACACGGCUUUUUUGCGUUCUUCUGGAUGAUCAUCACCGGCCUCUUCCACUUUGUCUACAGCUUGGUUUGGGGUUUCUUCCAUAUUUUGUGGACCACCAUGUUUGGGGGUGGCCUCGUUGAAGGGGCAAAGAACAUGAAGGUCACAGACAUUCUGGGAAACAUGCCUGAUCCCACUCAGUUUGGGAUCCAUGGAGAUGUUCUGGAGACAGACAAGAUGGAGGCGCAUGAGGCGUCGGCAUUGACCGAAAUGGGUCACAUGGCUCAGGGGGAAGUGGCCGAGGAAGACCUGAUGGCUGAGCUGCUCAACAUCCAGCCCAAGAAGGAAGGCAAGCAUGGAGCAGAGCCUGGAUUGGGGGACGUGUCUGAGGUGGUGGUCGGGGGCGAUGCUCCAUCCAUAGCCAGUGCUGUCAAGCAGAAGAAGGCUCAGAUGGCUGCCAAGAAGCGGGCUUCAAAUGGAGACUACAAAUCCGAUUCAGAGAAAGCAGACUCUGAUGAUGGUGAGAAGAAGGACCACGACAAGGCCAAGGAUGAAGCCCCUCCGGCUAUUUCAAUGGGAAAGAAAGCCCCCAAGAAGAGGCUCGAUGUAAAGAAAGACCCACCGGAGGCCUUCAUGGCCAGCUUCUUUGCUGGCUUGGAAGUCUACCAAACCAAGAUGCUGAACUACCUGGCCAGGAACUUCUACAACUUGCGAUUUUUGGCACUGUUUGUCGCAUUUGCUAUCAACUUCAUUCUUCUCUUCUAUAAAGUGACAGGCGAUAACUCUGAUGAUGAGGAUCCUUGGAAUGGUCAUGGGAGAACUGUAGAGGAAGAGGAAGAAGAUAACUCUCUUGAAUAUUUUAUCCUACAAGAGAGUACGGGCUACAUGGCGCCAACUCUUCGCUGUCUGGCAAUACUGCACACGAUUAUAUCGUUUUUGUGUGUCGUGGGAUACUACUACCUGAAGGUUCCACUGGUAGUGUUCAAGCGUGAGAAGGAGAUAGCCAGAAAGUUGGAGUUUGCUGGACUCUACAUCACCGAGCAGCCGUCAGAUGAUGAUAUUAAAGGACAGUGGGACAGGAUGGUCAUUAAUACACCGUCUUUCCCCAACAACUACUGGGAUAAAUUUGUCAAACGAAAGGUGAUUAAAAAGUACGGCGACUUGUAUGGCGCCGAGAGGAUUGCAGAGCUGCUGGGAUUGGACAAAAGCGCUCUGGAUUUUAAUCCGACGGAGGAAGCCGUCACCAAGGAGGCCUCAUUGGUGUCCUGGUUGAGCUCAAUCGAUACAAUGUAUCAUAUCUGGAAAAUGGGGGUGGUGUUUACAGACAAUUCCUUCCUUUACCUUGUGUGGUACACGACCAUGUCCAUUCUGGGCCACUAUAACAACUUCUUCUUUGCUGCACAUCUGCUGGACAUCGCAAUGGGAUUCAAGACGCUUCGCACCAUUUUGUCCUCGGUCACCCAUAACGGCAAACAGCUGGUUUUGACGGUAGGGCUCCUGGCCGUCGUGGUCUACCUCUACACUGUGGUGGCCUUCAACUUCUUCAGGAAGUUCUACAACAAGAGCGAAGAUGACGACGAGCCAGACAUGAAGUGUGACGAUAUGAUGACUUGCUACUUAUUCCACAUGUAUGUGGGCGUAAGAGCGGGGGGUGGCAUCGGUGAUGAGAUUGAAGACCCGGCUGGCGAUCCCUACGAGCUGUACCGCAUCCUUUUCGACAUCACCUUCUUUUUCUUCGUCAUCGUCAUCCUCUUGGCUAUCAUUCAGGGUUUGAUCAUUGAUGCUUUUGGAGAGCUGAGAGACCAGCAGGAACAAGUCAAAGAAGACAUGGAGACAAAAUGUUUCAUUUGUGGGAUCGGAAACGACUACUUUGACACAACGCCUCAUGGCUUUGAGACUCACACUUUGCAAGAGCACAAUUUGGCCAAUUACCUGUUUUUCCUGAUGUACCUCAUCAACAAGGAUGAGACCGAGCACACUGGCCAGGAGUCAUAUGUGUGGAAGAUGUACCAGGAGCGUUGUUGGGAUUUCUUCCCAGCCGGAGACUGCUUCCGCAAACAGUACGAAGAUCAGCUGGGUUAAAGCGGAUUCCUUCACCUGACCCCCAUCCGGGAGGAGAGGGGGGGGGGGGUGCGCUGCUCCUCUAAUGUGCACCCAUGAACGUCCUGACCCACACUGAGCCGAGGGCGGUAUAAAUGAUCAAGCAAGGAAGAGCGCUGCCUGCCUUCGCUACCUUCACUUCGGAUGUCAGCCUCCAAUUUACCUUGUCAGGUUUUGGCUUUCCGAAGCACUGCAUUGCCUUUUACUCUUUUACUCCCCCCCCCCCCAAUCAUUGCACAAUGUUAUGUUGUCUCCUUGAGAAACUCGAGUGGGCGUAGGAGUUAUGAGACAAUUUGUCAGUCAAAAUAUGCACAAGAAUCCAAACUAUUUCUUUUGAGAAUGUUGAGACUUAAUGCCAAAAGAAGAGUGAAGUGCAUUUGUUGUGUAAUUUUGCAAGUGAAAUGUAGGGGGCAAACGGUAUUAUGUCAAAUCUAAUUUUUUAAAAUUGUUUUCCACCAAGUGCCUUAUACUGUAGUAGCGAGUCUACAUUACAAAGAAGCUAUGCAAACCCUUGUGCUGUCUUUUCUUAUUGUGAGUAAGUAGACUACCGAUACAGACUUUUUUCAUUUAAAAUGAGAAAAGAAAAUGUCAUUUGUUUUGCUGAAUGCAGCAUACAUGCAAACGUUAAAUGUUGUAUAAACGACAUUGGAGUUGACUUGGAACAGCAACCGUGGAAUUGCUAUUGUAUGGCCGUUUGUAUGUAGUAGCUUUGCAGAUUUGUGCAUUUCUUUUGAUGGGACAAAAAUAAAAUAUUGCCGGAAACGA